CCGAAGCUCGUGAUCAUCCAACAUCAAGACAGCAGUUACACUGCCACACCAUCAAUUGAGAUCUGUCCCGGCCAUUGCAUUAUGCCGCCGAGGAGACGAGUCAACCAGUUCACGCCGGAAAGCAUCGACACUCAAUUACAGCAAAUCCAUCUUCUGGAUCCAUCUUCUUCGUCCGAGAAUCUCGAACAACUGGGUCCCAUCAUCAAGCAGAUACACACCAACAGACAACAGGAAGCCUUCCUCCGCAGUGUUCAAGGAUUAGUAGAGUCCAAGGAUGCCGAGAUCGAAAAGAUAUGUGCGGAUAACUACCAAGACUUCAUUUCAUCUGUGUCCACGCUAUUCAAUGUCAAGAACUACACGGACAAGAUGAAACAGACUAUCUCUUCUCUUGAUGCAAGUGUCGCGCAGCUCGGUCGCGGUCUGGUGGAGAAGAAGCGCGGUCUGCUACAGUCCAAGAAGACAGCCGCGAACCUAGAUGAGGCAAUAGACACGCUGCAGGCGUGUCUUCGCGUUCUUGAUGUCGUCAACCGCGUCGGGGAGAUGGUGCGGGAGGGGAAAUACUGGAGCGCGUUAAGGUCUCUGGAUGAGAUACAGAGUAUGCCCCCGACAUCGCUAUCCCAGACACCCUUCUUCCAGCACUUGCUGUCGUCGUUGCCAUCACUGCGGGGGCAGAUCAAGGACGCAGUCACUGCCUCAAUGAAACAAUGGCUCCUCGAAAUUCGGAACGUCAGUGGAGACGUUGGCCGUCUCGCGCUGGACGCGACAGAAACUCGUCAACGUCGAUGGAGAGGGCGCCGAGAGAAGGAUCCUUUAUUGCGCAUGAGUCGCGUGGGCAGUGCAGUUGAAAUGGUCACUUACGAGAAGACUGACUACGACGUGCUAAACAACGAUCAAAUCCAAGUCGACUUCAAGCCUCUGUUCCAAUCCAUCCACAUCUACACGGCAUUGGAUUCUCUAGACGAGCUUCGUCGCUCGUACCAAGCUGAUCGCAAGGCACAAUCCGACCUCAUCCUUCCCACUCCAUUACCACUAGGCGCUCUCGACAGCCUCACGCAAGAGAUAUGCGGUUUCUUCAUCGUCGAGACGCGUGUUCUCGAAACAACGGACGAAUUUCGCUCUGAACGAGAUGUAGAAGAGCUUUGGGAUGGCCUGGUGGUUCGACUAACAUCUGCCAUCGAAGCUGCCUUGCGAACAGAGACCAAUCCUGACUCUUUCUUGGCGGUCAAAGAAUGCUUGAUCAAAUUUGUCAUGACUCUCGAGUCCUCCAGCUACUCUACUAUUCCUCUGCACUCUUUCAUCAUCGUGCUGUUCGAGAAAUAUGCCAAACUUCUGGAAGCUCAGUUCAAUAAGAGAUUCGAUGAUGUGGGCUGUUUUGACCUUUCGUUUUCCUGGCCCAAUGCUUACGCAUGGAAGAUCGUGAAACAAGAUGAUCAUCUACCGAUGCAGAUCGACACAGAGAACCAAGCGAAAACCGUCUUGGAAGUUGUCUGGAUCAGCGAGGAAGAGGAAGAUGCCGUCCAAAGAAGUGCCUUUCCUUGUAAUCUUCCCUGGUCGCAGACCUUUUAUCUUUGCUGUCAAGAUAUCCGCGCAUUUAUCCAGAAGUUCUAUGCCUUUGUUGAAGGAGUGUCACAACAUCACAGGAAUAUCGACGAGCUAUUGAGCAAGUCUCUUGACAGUCUGCUCAUCAACCACAUCAGCGAGACUGUUGGCACAAGACUGGCCAGCACAGCUACCCUGACGCAGAUAGCUCAGAUUGUAACAAAUCUAGAGCAUUUCCAAGUAGCCUGCGCCGAACUACAGCGUUCGCUGACUAAUCUCCGUUCCACGCAGCGGGGCGGGCCGAUAUCCCUGAAUGCUUCCACUUCAUUCGAGAACACACUUUCUCGGGCGCUGGCUCGGAUCACCGGGCUCAUCUCCUCGAAGCUGGACGACUUUUUCGGCCUUUCGGAAUACGACUGGACGCCGAACGGUCGGGAGGAUGCACCGAGCAUGUAUCUGUACGAACUCGUCAACUGGCUCACGACAGUCGUGGACGCAUUGGUCAUCAAAGAAGCAUACAAGGACGAAGCAUACAAAGGCGCCGUGGAUUACAUCGCCAGCUGUCUGAUGGACUUCCUUACGGGGCGCAACGUCCCAAUGAUGAAUGAGAAUGCCAUAUCCAACAUCCUCAUCGAUGUCGACUUCUUGGAAGAGGAGCUCCGCCGGAUAGGACGUGGUCAUCUGUGUGUCGCAUUCGUCGAGCUCCGAUCGACGACAUCAAUUGCACUGAACAACAGCGUUCAGGAAUAUCUUGUUCCCGCAAUGCGGCAGACCUCGUACGCAGUGGUCAAGCACAAGAGGCUGGCAUCACUGCUGGACAAACUUGCCAAAUAUGGUGCCAGUCAGCGAGAUCCUGCAUCACGGGAGCGUGGAGACCGGAGACGGAAGGAGGCUGAGGCUGUGGGCAGACUGUUUCCUGGAGAAGGGCGGUGAUCAAAACGG